AUGGACGUGGAAGAGUCAGCCACCAAGUCGAGAGAACAGCAGCCAUCGGACAAGCCAGGUAGACCGCCUCCAAUUGUACUAACCUCCACGACAAACCUGAUGCAGUUGCAGAGGAAGGUCAAAGAACUAGUCACGGGCAAUUUUGAGUUCCGCAACACCAGGAGCGGGACCAGAAUUGUCACGAAGGAAAUGGCGGACUUCUUAGCCAUCAAAAAUUUCCUAGAAAGUACCAAUCUAUCGUAUUUUACAUUCUUUCCUAAGUCUGAGAAACCCUUCAAAGCAGUUAUCCGUCACCUUCCACACAACACUCCAGCGGAAGAUAUAUCUGAUAUUCUGGUGAGUCUGGGGUUUGACGUUAUUAGCGUCAAACAAAUGAUCAGUCGUCUGACCCCUCCAGAAGGAACAAAAAACACGUACCUUCCCUUGUUCCUUAUCACACUUCCUAGAACGGAGAAGUCCCAGGAAGCCUUCCAACUGACCAACCUCUGCUACAUUGCCAUCAAGGUAGAGGCGUACAGAGCACAGAGCGGGCUCACACAGUGCUACAACUGCCAGCAGUUCGGCCACGUUUGGGCAAACUGCAAGCAGCCCCCACGUUUUCUGUGGAGCGGAGGUGAUCACUUACACAAAGAGUGCCCAGGAAAGAAGAACUCUGCCUCCACCCCAGCAUGCUGCAACUGCCAUUUGUCGGAGGGAGAAAAGCCACACCCCGCCAAUUUGUUGUAUAUGGGUCUACAAAGGAUUUAUUGCAUAUAA